GCUGAUGGGAGGUCUGAGGACCCGUUAGAAACCACGCGGCCCUCGUCUGAUCUCACAGCUCGUCCUUGUUUGGCCUCAGCUGCAUCAGAGCGCCACUUCUCCCCAGGUUCACCAGAGGAAACACCACUGCACACAAUGCUUUUCCUCCCAGCUGCUGCUCUGUGCUGUCUGUGUUCAGCGCUGGUUGCCAUGGCAGCAGAGCUGAUUCAGGAGGAUUUAACAUGGACCAGGAGAGUCGAUGAAACUGUUUCCUUCAGCUGUCGAGGAACUGACCAGUGUGGCAGAGAUAAUGUAUUCUGGUACCAGAAGAAAGACACAGAAACAUUCACAAGGAUUCUAGAUAUUAACAGGAGUAAUGGUCGAGUUUUUUCAGGUUACAAUCAUCCUCAGGAAGAUGAUUUCUCAGCUUUGAGAAAACAGAAAGGCUGUGAGUUGGUGAUCACAAAUAUUAAACUCCUCCAUUCAGCCACCUACUACUGCUCCUGUUGGAAAUACCUGAUAUUUGGCUCUGGAACUAAACUCUUUGUAACAGAUAAGCAGGUAGUGAAGCCCGUGGUGAGCGUGUACCCAGCAGCAUCCAGAGAAAACCAUGAGGGGAAGAGCUCCCUGCUGUGUGUGGCCUCAAACAUGUUUCCUCCUGUAGUCCGCUUCUCCUGGAAAAGACGAAAGGUGAAUGGUCCUCUGGAGGAGCUGCCCCUAGCUGAGGGAGAGAGAAAUUCAGGAUGCACCGCCGCCAUCAGAGUGAUUGAUCGGGAUGCUCUCUACACAUAUAAAUACCUCUGUAAUGUCCAGCACGAGGGGGGGAAGGUGGAGGCCCAAACAGAACAAGAGAUUUCUGCACCACCAACACUUCCACCAUUACCUCCACCAACACUUCCACCAUUUAUUCCACCAUCACCUCCACCAGCCGCGCCCGUCCAGUCCUGGCACAGAGAGAGGUUACUCUGCCUGAUGUACACAGCACUGAUAGUGAAGAGUCUGGUGUACUGCUGUGGACUCUCUCUGCUGAGGAUCCUCAGAAACAAGGGACCGUCCACCGACCUCACACAAGUGACUGACUGACUGUCCUACUGCAGCUUUAACGCUCAACGUCUGCUAAAGCCUGAAGAUAAAGUCCAGAGCCGACCCCUCUUCUAAAACCAACAAUGAAUUGAUCCGAUUAACAAGUUCUGUCUGUGUAGGCAACAUCUGAAUUUCACAGAACUGUCCAUCAUUUGGGUGACACAUUCCUUCAUUAUGACGAACGUGGUUCAAUGUAGUUUAUUGUUUUCAAUGGUGGAAACAACACACACUGGACUUGUUAGCAGAUACAUUCAGUAAUUUUGUUGAUAACACCAACAUCAUCCUUCAGUCCAUUUCUUGUUGAUAACAUCUAAAUUAUUAAAUUUUCUGGAGAAAAUAAAUGUGGAUGAUACAGAUAAUAUUAAGAAAAGUGUUAUCUCAGGAUAACUUCAUAAAAAAUCUACAUCUGAUCAGAAGCUCACUAAGAACUCCCGCAACAACGUUCAGUUAUUUUCUAAUAUAAUGCGUAAUUUAUACAUAAUACUGAGUAUGUCUGUUGAUAUUAUCCAUGUUAUCAGCUUUAGUUACAGUUCUUUAUCCAAAUGUUGCAGAUUGUUUUUUUGAAAAAUCUGUUUUAUACAUAGAUCAGUCUGUUGUCAACUGUUCUUUUAUUUUUCUUGACUGUCUGUUCUUCUUGA